UGUCAACAAUUAGUGUAUUGAAACGUCGUGGUGAAUGAAAAUGAAUGUGCUAAUUUUAGCGGUUGGUUUAGCGUUGUUAGUUGGCUUGGUGUGUGGCAGACCCGAAGAAAAGUACACCACAAAAUACGACAAUGUCGAUUUGGAUCAAAUUUUGAAGAGCGACAGGCUCAUGAAGAACUACAUCAACUGCAUUAUGGACAGGGGAAGGUGCACGUCCGACGGAGCGGAGCUCAAACGUGUUCUUCCGGACUCGCUCAGGACUGACUGUUCAAAAUGCAGCGAGAAGCAAAAGGAAGGAAGCAAAAAGGUGCUGCGACACCUAAUAAAGAACAAACGGAAAUGGUUUGACGAACUCUCAGCCAAAUAUGAUCCGGAAGGCAUCUACAUCACAAAAUACCGGGAAGAAUUCGCCAAAGAAGGAAUUAUUUUGAAAAUUUUAGAGCCACUAUAUAUACUUAAAGGGUCAUGUUAUAACGCAUCAAUGUACUAUUUUGAAACCAUGAAGACCUUUACAGUGAUUUUUACCAUUCUGGUGGUUGCUUAUGUGGUCGUUGGAAGACCUCAAGAUCAAUACACCACCAAGUACGACAAUAUCGACAUAGAUCGCAUUUUAAAGAACGAAAGACUGUUGAAGAACUACGUUAACUGUGUCCUGAGCAAAGGAAAGUGUUCGCCGGAAGGAAGUGAACUGAAACGUCUUCUUCCCGAAGCCAUAAAAACCGACUGUUUGAAAUGUAACGACAGACAGAAACAAAACACCAGAAAAGUGUUGGUAUAUUUAGGCAAAAACAGGCGUCAAUAUUUUGACGAGGUGUUGGCCAAAUUUGAUGGUGAUAGGACCUACCGCAACAAGUACAAAUCUGAGUUCGCCAAGGAAGGAAUAAGUGUUUAAGAGUUUGCUGAUGCUUUAGUGUAUUUAUUGUUUUCUAAUAAAAAAUUAUAAGUCAAAAUUCAGUU